CACCAAUGUGGCAAUGUACAUAGUCUUAAAGAACAACACGUACUAAAGCACAAAAAGCAGACAGUAGUUCUUCACUCACACCACUUUCAGUUUCAAAUUUCAACUCUCUCUCUUUAGUGUCUCUCUAGCCAUGGAAGACGCAGAGAGCACCACCAAAGAUCCUGUAGACAGAGUUGAGAAAGUAACAUGGAGAGAUCUGCAAGACGGAUCUUUCACCGCAGAACUCAAGAAGCUUAUAUGCUUUGCGGCUCCUAUGGCUGCCGUGGUUAUCACUCAGUCCAUGUUACAGAUCAUAACAAUGGUGAUUGUGGGUCACCUCGGCAGACUCUCUCUCGCUAGCGCUUCCUUCGCCAUCUCCUUCUGUAACGUCACUGGCUUCAGCUUCAUUAUGGGAUUGUCAUGUGCCUUAGAUACUCUCAGCGGUCAAGCCUAUGGAGCUAAGCUAUAUCGGAAACUAGGUGUUCAGGCUUACACAGCUAUGUUCUGUCUUACAUUAGUGUGUCUCCCUCUCUCUCUCCUAUGGUUCAACAUGGGAAAGCUUCUCGUGAUCCUUGGCCAAGACCCUUCAAUUGCACACGAAGCCGGAAGAUUUGCUGCUUGGCUCAUCCCAGGACUGUUUGCUUACGCUGUUCUACAGCCGCUUACUCGCUACUUCAAAAACCAGAGCUUGAUAACACCUCUCCUUAUCACCUCUUGUGUUGUGUUCUGUCUCCAUGUUCCUCUUUGUUGGCUUUUGGUUUAUAAGUCAGGGCUUGAUCAUAUUGGAGGAGCCUUGGCUCUCAGUUUGUCAUACUGGCUCUAUGCCAUCUUUCUUGGAUCUUUCAUGUACUUCUCCUCUGCUUGUUCUGAGACACGUGCACCGCUUACCAUGGAGAUAUUCGAGGGCGUUAGAGAGUUUAUCAAAUAUGCUCUUCCUUCUGCGGCUAUGCUUUGCCUAGAGUGGUGGUCUUAUGAACUCAUAAUAUUACUAUCUGGUCUCUUACCCAACCCACAACUGGAGACUUCUGUGCUCUCUGUCUGUCUCCAAACACUUUCGAUGACUUAUUCGAUACCACUAGCGAUUGCAGCUGCAGCAAGCACAAGAAUCUCAAAUGAAUUAGGUGCUGGAAACUCUCGAGCAGCACAUAUUGUGGUCUACGCGGCAAUGUCUCUUGCAGUAGUGGAUGCAUUGAUGGUGGGUACGUCUCUAUUAGCUGGUAAGAAUCUGUUGGGCCAAGUUUUCAGCAGUGACAAGAAUACCAUCGACUAUGUUGCAAAGAUGGCUCCACUGGUCUCUAUUUCUCUCAUACUGGACAGUUUACAAGGGGUUCUCUCAGGUGUUGCAAGCGGAUGCGGGUGGCAGCAUAUAGGGGCUUACAUAAACUUUGGAGCUUUCUAUCUCUGGGGGAUACCCAUUGCUGCAUCUUUAGCCUUCUGGGUUCAUCUGAAAGGUGUUGGCCUUUGGAUUGGAAUAAUAGCCGGUGCCGUUCUGCAAACUCUUCUGCUGGCUCUUGUCACAGGCUGCAUAAACUGGGAAAACCAGGCUCGUGAAGCGAGGAAGCGAAUGGCUGUGGCCCAUGAAUCAGAACUUACAGAGUCAGAACUUCCCUUUUAA